GCGAUGGUACGGUCCCAUGUUGAAAUUCCCAGAAUUGAGCAGCCUGGUUUCUUAGAACUGGAUUCUCAGAACUGGUGAUGCUCAGAGUUUCGAGGAAACUUUUACAAGACGGCGACAGUAUGGCCCUGACUGCAGACGGCUGCAUUCAGUUCACGCGCCACGCAGGCGACGUCCUGCUCAACUUCAACCGUCUGCGCAGCAGGAACAUGCUGACAGACGUGACCGUGCAGGUGGAUGGACAGGACUUUCACGCACACAAGACCAUCCUGGUGGCCUGCAGUGGAUUCUUCUAUUCGGUGUUCAUGCAUCCCGAGAACGCAAACCUCAGUGCCAUCAGCUUGGACCCCAAGGUCGACCCCGAAUGCUUUUCGCUCCUGCUGGACUUCAUGUACACCUCCUGCCUGAACCUCAACGACAGCCUGGUGCUGGCCACCCUGAACACAGCCGUCUACCUUCAGAUGGAGCACGUAGCUGACACCUGCCACAGGUUCAUCAAGUCCAGACAUCAGAGUCUGAACAUGCAGCUGGAUGGAGAAGGAAGCGUCUCCAUGAGCCUGCCAGAGGAAAUACCAGCUGCAAGACAGACGAAAGAACAAGACGCAGACUCGAGAGCCAAGUCCCCCUCCAGCACGUCCUCUCUGCAGGACGGCAGGGCUUACAUCCCCACCGUUUUCAGGGGGAUCAACACCUCUAGCUCCUAUCACGUCUAUGGAGAUUCCUACAUUCCUGCUGGAAAGUUCAGUGAUUCUCAUGAGAUCGGACCCCAGAACCCCGAGUUCAGCACCGUCCUGGACCGCUCCGCUCUGCCCCACUGCGCCUUCUCCUCUGCUGUCAUCAAGCCAGCCCUCGGCCACGGCAGCACCCAAGCCCCCACUGCUGCCAUGGAGGAAGACGGCCCCCAGCAUCCUCCUGCCAGCUACCUCAGACUGUCCAGCAGCUACAACAGAGGGGUCAUUUGCAGUCCUCAGAGUCCCCUAAGAUCUGACUGCCAGCCAAACUCCCCAACCGAAUCGAGCAGCAGCAUAAGUGCCAGCAUGAGCCAGAACCAGGCUCAACACUGCCCCAAGGAGGCCAAGGCCCGCAACUGGAAGAAGUACAAGUUCAUUGUUCUGAACCAAACCACAGAUGGGAGCGACAAGGAGGCUCAGGGCAGCAGCACGGAUGUGAGGGUGGAGUCGCCCGCCCACAGCCCCUCCAGGAGUGGUGCGGCAGGUGGACCUGGUGAGCACAUGGAAGAGGGCGCCACUGAGCAGCGAGACGAUUCAGGCUCGUCUCAGAGCAUCCGCAGCUGCAGGAGCAACAGCUGCAGCAGCAUCAGGUCCUCAACCUACGGCUGUGACAGUCCUCGCAGCGUGGAGGGCAGUCGGCUGUCCCCCGACUCCUACAGCAGGGAGGACAACGCCAAGCCGCACUCGGCUUAUUCCCCGUCCAGCUGUGACAAUGAUUACUUUUCCAGCGGCUGUGACUCCAAAUUUGCAGAGGAGGAGCACCUGAAGGAGCACAUGCUUCAGGCCCACAGCGACAAGCCCUACAGGUGCGACUGCUGCCAGGCCGCUUUCCGCUACAAGGGCAACCUGGCCAGCCACAAGACCGUUCACACAGGUGCCAAACCGUACCACUGCAACAUCUGUGGCGCUCAGUUCAACAGACCGGCCAACCUGAAGACGCACACCCGCAUCCACUCAGGAGAGAAGCCGUACAAGUGUGAGACAUGCGGCUCCAGGUUUGUGCAGGUGGCGCACCUUCGUGCCCAUGUGCUGAUCCACACUGGGGAGAAGCCGUACCCGUGUGAGAUCUGCGGCACGCAUUUCCGCCACCUUCAGACGCUCAAGAGCCACAUGCGGAUCCACACGGGGGAGAAGCCAUACCAUUGUGAAAAAUGUGACCUGCACUUCAGACACAAAAGCCAGCUGCGGCUGCAUCUGCGGCAGAAGCACGGCGCCGUCACCAACACGAAGGCGCCGUACCGUCGGCCCUCCAGCAACGCGGCGGCCAUCGGCUCCUGCUGAGUCUUCGGCUCUGCUCCCCAACAAUUCCUUCCUUUAUUUAAUCAGUUUUGGAAGAAAAGAAGAGACUCUGAUAGCAGAAAUUGUUAAUAUAUGUUUGCCUUUCUGAGCUUGUAAAUGGUGCACAGUUCCUCCCUAAUGUGGCGUCUGGAUGUGAAGCAGCAGAAUGUAGACCUGGACGACAGUUUAGAUUCCUGCUUUGUAAAGUGAGAAGAGCUGAGCGGUGAGAAAUACUGUUACAGUUUGGCUUUUGGUUUUCGGUACAGCAGAUAAAGAUAAUAUAUUUUCAGACGGCGGUCUGCUCUCACACAUGCAUGACCUGCACUUUCCCAGCAAACCGCAGCUUCACUCUCAUAAGGGCUUCUGAGUCACUGCUCUGUUAAAAGUACUGAUGUGAAGCUUCAGAUUCUUUUCUAUCAUGUUGAUAUUUUGCACAUACUUCUAAUGUCGUCCUAGUUCUAAGUAUUUCCACUAUUGAAGUUCUCAUUGAGUUCCAUUCCCAGCACUUGCUCGGUUUGUUUUCAUCUGGUACUGUUCUCGUCGUGCUGUUUGAGUUUCUCCUCUGGGAAUCCUGCUUUUAUUUUGAAACUCGUGCUCUCAGCAUGCAGUCAGUAGCAGUGAUGGUGCCUUACGUUCUCCGAGCUGAGAAUGACUGCAGGGGUCCUCUGCCUCUGCGGCGCGUGCGAGCGUCUUGGGCGGUGCACGCGCUCAUGCGUGCGGUACUUCAGACUGCAGCUCGGUCUAUAGAAUGAAGCUCUUCAGAUGCAAACACCAGGCCUAAAGCUAAAACACUCAGGAAUGUUCAGUCACAUGUAAGCAAAUGUCUUUUGUAACAGUAGAUUGUAUAUAUUUGAAAUAUAUUUAUAUAUAUAUAAAUAUCAAGAAAAUAAAGCGUAUUGUGGUAAAAAAAA